AUGAUGAUCAAGCAAUCUAUCGUUUAUUUCUUGCUAUUAGAAAUAAUUAACACUCAAUCUUCACAUACUUGUCCUACUGGUUGUUCAGCAUGCAGUGGAGCUAGUGGCAAUUGUAGUGGUUGCUUAUCUGGAUAUUACUUGGUAGGGUAAAAUUGUAAUGCAUGCCCAGCAAGUGGUUGUCCACUAUGUCAACUACCAUGUUCAACAUGUGUAACAGGUAGUUCAAAUUGUUUAACAUGUAAUGACUCUGCUAAUUAAGAGUUGUCUGCAUGUUAAUGCAAAGCAGGAUAUAUAAUGAACACCUCAAAUUACUUAUGCAAUUAAUGUUAAUUUCCAUGUGCCACAUGUUAAACAAAUGUUAAUUAUUGUUUAACAUGUGCUUCAACCUAUACAUUGAACUCUACUAAUCAUACUUGUGAAUGUUAAAAUAACUAAUAUGAGUCGAAUAGUAAUCCUAAAACAUGUUAAAAUUGUACUAGUCCAUGUUAAACUUGUACUUCAUCAGAUACUUUUUGUACAUCUUGUGUAUCAGGAUUAAACAAAAAACUAUUCAAUAAUUAAUGUGUUUGUGAUGAUGGCUUUUAUGGGAGUGCCACUUGUACAGCUUGUAAUAAACCAUGCAAAAAUUGUAGUUCAAGUACGAUAUGUACAACAUGCAAUGACCCAAUUCACCAAACAGGAACAUCAUGCACAUGUCCAGCAACUUUCUUUAUGAAUACGUCUUUUAUGUGUUAAAGUUGUGUAAGUCCUUGCUUAAAUUGUACUUCAGAAUUAUUAUGUACAUCCUGCAUUGAUAACUAUUUCCUUUCUGUAAACUCAUGUAUAUAGUGUAAUUUGCCAUGUUAAAAUUGCGUUGAUCUUGCUACAAAAUGUACUUUAUGUGCUGAUGGAUAUUUCAUGGAUAAUUUAUUAGCUUGUUAACCAUGUAUAUAUCCUUGUAGUAAAUGUUAAAAUAAUGGUAAUUAUUGUUUAGAUUGUGCAUCAACUUAUGUGAUGAGUACUUCAAUCCCAAACACAUGUGAUUGUCCAUAUAAUUCUAUUAAAGUAUUAACAAAUAAUCCCAUAAAUUGUCAACUUUGUACUUAACCAUGUGAUACAUGUUUAGGAACAUCAACAAAUUGUUUAACAUGCUUAGAUAAUAGUUUAACUAUCAAUUCUUCUAAUUAAUGUGUUUGUAAUUCUGGUUAUGUUUUUGAUAGUAGUUUUCAUUGCAUACCUUGCUAAAGUCCUUGUUAAACUUGUUCAGGUAAUGAUACUCACUGUGAUACUUGCACUGAUUCAAAUCAUUUAAUUAAUGCAGCAUCUCAAUGCAUUUGUAAGGAUACAUUUUAUUCAAAUACCGUUAGUACUUGUGCAUAAUGUACAUACCCUUGCUAAAAAUGUGAUGCUAAUGGAUGUAUAACAUGCAUCGAUGUUAAUAAAAUAGCUAAUUCUUCUUAACAAUGCGUUUGUAAACCAGGAUUAUAUGAAGAUGGACUUAAUUGUUUAUAAUGUGCUUUUCCUUGUAAAACUUGUGAAAUUCAAGAAGAUUAAUGUUUAACAUGUAUUGAUACAAAUUAAACCUUAAUCAACAACAAAUGUGUAUGCACAGAUGGAUAUUUUGAAAUCAAUAUGUAAUGUUAAUAAUGUGACAUUUAAUGUUAUACAUGCUCUCAACAACCUGAUAACUGCCUUAGUUGUAACGAAUAAGCAAAUAGAAAACAAUAGAAAAAUAAAUGCGUUUGUUCGGAUGGUUAUUUUGAAAAUGAAAAUAAAGAGUGUUAGCCAUGUAAUUCCAAUGAGGGUAAAAUUAAUAAGGAUUGCAAAUAUAAAGACUGCUCUGACAAUAUUUGGACAUAAGGAGAAGAUUGUGAUGAUGGGAAUAAUGAAUCUAGAGACGGUUGCUCAAAUUGUAAAAUUGAUAAAGAUUAUUCUUGUAUCAAUACCUUACUUGAAUCAUCAUUUUGCUUUAAAUGUAGUGAUAAUUGUAAAGAAUGUUAAAUGAAUAAAAUCUAAAAAUAGGUUGUUUGUAUUAAAUGUAAUUAAGGAUAUUUCUUAUAAUAAAACUAAUGUGCUUAAUGUGCUGAAAAAUGUUUAGAUUGCAAAAGCAGUGCUUCAAAUUGUAUUAGUUGUAGAUAUUAAACUAAAUCAAAUGGAACAUGUUAAUUAUGUGAGAGUACAAUUGGUUAUUAUUCUGAUCAAAUUAAUAAUAGAUGCUAUUCUAAGUGCGGAGAUUCAUUUAAAACUACAGAAGAAGAAUGCGAUGAUGGUAAUUUAUUAUCAGGAGAUGGAUGCAAUUAAUAUUGUAAAAAGGAGAAAUAAUUCCUUUGUCAAGAUGGAAUAUGUAUUAUACCUGAAUAUCCCAUUCCAGUAUUAUUAAGCUAUGGAGAUACUACCUUAUAUAAUAAUAAAAGAAAAUUUAAAUUAGAAUAUAAUACUCUUUUAAAUUUAACUCAAGAUAAUAUUAUAGAGAAGCAGUUAAAAUUAUAUAUAAAAAAAUAAAUGAAUAUUAAUCCAAUUGAUAUUCCUUAUAUAAUAGAAAGAUAAUAUUCAUUUAAUAAUCAAGGUAACAUUAAUUUUUCGGUAAGUGUCGAGAUAUUAUUUAAUCGAAGUACAACCAAUGAGGAACUUUUAAUUAAAUAUCUUAAUGUAGAAUAGAUUAUAUCAAAUAAAGGAUACUCAUAAAUAUAAAAUGAAAUUUCGGCUUUAAUUCCUAAAUUUAUUUAUAUAGAUUAAACUGCUGUUGCUUAAGUUGAAAUGGCUACAUCUAGCAAUUCAAUUUUGUUGUAUAUUAUGGCUUUUAUGGCUGGAGGAGCAAUUUUGUUUGGUGGUUUAGAAAUAUUUUAUAAUUUAUUAGAUACAAUUUAAAUGUUAUCAUACUUAAAAUACAUCAAUACUCAAUAUCCUUAUAAUCUCGAAACAUUUUUUGAUUUUUUUGGUUUUGCCUAGCUCAGUUUUAUUUCAAAAUAUUUGAAUUUAUAAGAAUAAAUUGAUCCUUAUAUUGCUUAUGAAAAUCUAAAACCUAUACCAGAGAAAAUAUAAAUGGAUGAUUUUAAUUCUUUAUUUAUUAUAAAUGGAUCAUCAAUUGUUUUUGUUUGGCUCACACUUAUAGGAAUUUAUUUGACAUCUAAAAAUAUUCCAAGAAUUUUGUCUAAGAUUAGAUUUAAAUAUUAUAACGACAUCCCAGAAAAAUUAGAUUUUGAACUUAAACUCAAGUUUUGGUUGUUAGCUUUAAAAAUUUAUAUUGUUGAACUAUGUUCAAUGAUAGUAUCUGAGUUUUUCUACAGCGGUAUUUUAAGAACUUUCAUUGCUACUGCUUAUGACUAUUCAUUUUCAAUGUCUCUUUAACUUUCAGCAUUACAAAUAGAUUCAUCAGAUGGUCUUGUUGGAUUUAGUUCUUUUUUAGCUCUGAUGGCUUUAGGAAUAUAUUUAUUUACUAUCUAUUUUGUCACAAAAAUAUGUGGCGAUCCUAAUUUUAAGUAUAAAGAAUAUUAGAAUAAACUUAAGUAUUAGUCCCUAUUUGAAGGCAUUAAAAAUGAUAUCUAUAGUAAAUAUUUUAAUGCUAUUAGUCUCAUCUAAAAAUUACUUUUCAUAAUUAUCCUGAUAUUUUGCUAUAAAUCACCUUUUUAUUAGACAAUAAAUUUAGCACUUUUAUCAGUUUUAUAAGUUAUAUUUUUAUUUCUUUUUAAACCUCUGGAUGAUAAAAAAGAGUUUAUAAAGUAAUUUUCAUGCGAAAUUAAUAAAACAAUAGCAUUAUUUUUUAUAUUAGGGUUAGUUUAUGAUUAAGAAUCCAAACUUCUAGGUGAAAACAUGCGAUCGAUUAUAGGAUGGAUUUGCAUAGGUAAUAUUAGUUUAAUUUUUGCAAUUUAAAUCAUAAUCGAUGCUAUUCAAUAAUGGAUGCUCUUAAUUAAAAAAUAUAGGAAGCUAAGAAGAUUUGUAGAUAAAUUUUAUCAAUACAUAGCUCCACAAAAGCCUAAAUAAGUAGAUCAUCGACUUUUUACAUAAGGAACUAUAAAAAAUACUUGA